AUGAUCAAAUACAAGAAAGGAGGUGAUAUAACAUGUGAAAACUGCAAGACCAGUGUGACACCGCUCUGGCGGAGGAGUGAUUCGGGAAACUAUCUAUGUAAUGCCUGUGGCUUGUACUUGAAGAUACACAAGAAGAGUCGGCCAGUGAAGUUUAUGUCAAAGGAGAUCAAACAUCGCCAAAGACAAGCAAUGCCUAGAAUGCUAUCUGAUGGCUUAUCAGAGAUUUAUGAUAUCGCAUGUAAUGAGAUAAAUAUCCAAAAUGGGGUGUACGAGAAAGAACGCAAACUUGAUGAAUGUUUAGUGAUUAACUACACAGAAGAAGAAAUAGAAGCAUUGUCUGGUCUAGUAAUGCUUACCUGGGAUAGUGCCUGGUAA